UGGAUGACGUCGGUCGGACCGAAGAUGGCGGCGCCCAGCAGGUUGCCGCGGUUGUUGGGGACAUGGGGCGGGGGUCGCGCUGCGCUCAGCUCGGCGGCAACAGCAACGGCGGCGGAGGGAGGGCCCGUCACCGCCCGCUACCCGCCGCUGCUGCCAUCCCUGACCGCCAAGAGCAAGGCGGCUAAGCGGCGGCGGUUGGAGGAGUUCCACCAGCGGGUGCACGCUUGCCGGUUGCCCGCCGAUAAGAUCCGGCUGCUGACCAAGUUGCAGCGGCCGAAGUACGUGAUCCUCCCGCAGACGCUUGGCUUGGAUGCGGACCGCUGGUUCCAACACUUCACCAAGACCGCCUUCGUGCAGGGGCUGCCUGCCGGCUUACCGCCCGGCCCCGGCCUGGCCGAGGCGAAGUCGCUGGUGUGCGAGGCGUUGCUGCAGGAGAACUUCUACCUGAAAAAGCGGCGCCCCGCUCUGUACCGCGAACGGGAGCAGACGGUGCUGCCCCUCAUCGGCAACCUGGUGCCGCAGCUCGUCAGCUCCUUAGCCGGCCGCAACCCACUGCUCGAACGCUCCACUUUGGAUCAUGAACCACAAGUUGGUUUUUAUUGGUUUCGGGGUGAACGAACAGUUCCCCGAGGGCACCGGAAAAGACAGGUUGACCCUAUUCGUUUCCAGAUUGAAGACAAACCUUACUGCCAAAUUCGGGUACAUCGACAACUCCCUGAGUUUGAGCCCCUAGAAAAUCAAAUCACUGAAGAUGUUCCUGUUAUUCAUUUGGAACCAAGCCGACUUCCUUUAUUUCAAAGGCAGUAUGACAACAAUAUUUUCACAGGUUCAAAGAUUGAUGAUCCUGCCUGCUAUGGGCAUACCCAGUUUCACUUUGCUUCCGAAAAGUUGAGACGAGAAAGACUUCUAAGGGACAACUUAGCUGAUCAAAUUGAAGUGCGUUUGCGAGCCAAUGGCAUUGCAAGUCUGUUUGCUUGGACUGCAGCUCAGGCAGCCUAUCAAGGAUUCUGGAGUGAGGCAGAUGUGACCAGACCAUUUGUCUCUCAAGCUGUAAUUACAGAUGGAGUUUAUUUCUCCUUCUUUUGCUAUCAGUUGAACACUUUAGCUCUGACUGUUCAAGCAGAUCAGCAUAAUCUCCGAAAGAACAUUUGCUGGGGAACGGAGAGUAUGCGUCUGUAUGAGACUAUUGAGGGAGGAGAUGUGAAAGGGUUGAAUAAUGAGGUUGUGGAUCUGCUUGUUCGGUUUUUGCUUAAUAGGCCUGAAUCAGUUGAAACUGAAAUAAAAUGAAUGUAAAACUUCAUGACUUUGAAAUUAAUUUAAAAUAUACAUUGAAGGAAUAGCACCACCAUCAUAAUUUCAAAAACUACUUGUGUUAAGCUAUCUAAAAUAAAUGUUUCGAAACAAUU